AUGGAUGUCUCAACCACAUCUCAACGACCCCAUUAUCGACUCGGCGGCCUCUCUUCUUUUAUCCCACUCAGUGAAGAGGCCUCCGCUGUAUCGACAAGGGGUCAACGACUUCCGAGCCUCAUCCAAAGCCGCUCCAGUGCCUCUCUCUUCACGCUUCCCAGACGGCCACAGACGCGGCGAGGCUCCUUUCACAGCCAUCAUUCCACCGAGGACGAAGAAAGCGGUCUACACGAUGAUUCGGCUCUGGGAUUGGUAUCUCGACGUCGACCCGUCCCCGCGGAGAUCGACUCGAGGCGAACGAGUUUGGGACCAGAGAUUCUCAUGACCCCGCAGAUGCGUAGCAUGCGGUUGAUUGGGAAAAGCAAUCCCCGAUACCACUGGCAUCAAUACUACAAGACGGACGAAGAGCUGAAAAAGAUGAAGAAGCCGAUACGGAAGUACUACGAACGCAAUAACUUCUUGAUCGCCCAGUACAUGUACAUUGACAAGCUCCUGGAUUCUUCUUUGCCGCAUAAUCUCAUUCAAGAGUACAAUCAAGUGGGCUUCACAUCGGACAUGAAGACCAUAUCCGAGGAGCCUCCCUGUGGCAAGCACAACGGCGCGACUCCACCGACAGCGACCCAUUCUUCCGGCACUUCUUCACCUACCGAGACGAAAGUCAAGCGGACGCCCAAGAACCUGUACAAGCUCCCCAACGAGGCUACACCUUUACUGCUCGAUGACGGCGACGAAGAUCCUCCCGAGGGACCCAUUCCGGACAUCAAACUGGACCAUCUAGACGACAAUGUUGACUCCGACGACCCUGUGGUCACGGUGGCGAUCUACGUCAAUCUCGCCGCCAACGUCAUUCUACUCGCAGGAAAAAUCGCCGUGAUCGUACUGACAUCCUCACUAUCCGUCCUCGCCUCUCUCGUCGACGCAGCCCUAGACUUCCUCUCCACCGCCAUUGUCUGGACCACCACCAAACUCAUCUCCCAACAAGACCAAUACGCGUACCCGAUCGGUCGACGGCGUCUGGAACCCGUGGGUGUCCUCGUCUUCAGCAUUAUCAUGAUUACGUCCUUUUUCCAAGUCAGUCUGGAAUGUUUCAACCGACUCGUUUCCCCAGACCACAGCGUCGUGGAACUCGGCGUCCCCGCUAUCGCCAUCAUGCUCGGCACCGUCGCCAUCAAAGGUUUCUGCUGGUUCUGGUGCCGCCUCGUGAAAAACAGCUCGGUCCAGGCCCUGGCUCAAGACGCCGCGACCGACGUCGUCUUCAACAUCUUCUCCAUCAUUUUCCCCCUCGUCGGCUUCUACGCGCAGAUCUGGUGGCUCGAUGCCCUAGGCGGCUUACUCCUGUCCCUCUACGUGAUCUUCAACUGGUCGAAAACCAGCAGUGAGCACGUGCGAAAUCUAUGCGGCGCGACGGCGACCGCUGACCAGCGCAAUGUCCUCUUGUAUCUCACCAUGCGCUUCGCAAAGACCAUUCGCUACAUCCAAGGCCUCCAGGCGUAUCAUACUGGCGACAAACUCAAUGUCGAAGUCGAUAUUGUGCUGGACGAGAAUAUGAGUUUGCGCGACAGUCAUGAUCUCGGCGAGAGUCUGCAGUAUGUGCUUGAGAGUGUGCCGAUGGUUGAUCGUGCUUUUGUCCACGCGGAUUAUGCCGAUUGGAAUUUACCGAGUCAUAUGAACCAACAGGCUUAG